AUGGAUAUCGUUCUGGGACUGCGAAUCAAGGGCGGAGUGCUGGUUGCCACUUCCAAGGCUGCCACCCGAGGUAUUUCCGUCAUCAAGGUCGGUGACGACAAGACCAGAGAACUCAACCCCAACACUCUGAUGGCCUACACCGGAGAGGCAGGAGACACAGUCCAGUUUGCCGAGUACAUCAUGGCCAACACUCGACUGUACGGCAUCCGACACGACAUUGAGCUGUCUCCUUCUGCCGUCGCCUCCUUCACUCGAAACCAGCUGGCUAAGGCCCUGCGAUCACGAAAGCCCUAUCAGGUCAACGUCCUGAUUGCCGGAUUUGAUCCCAAGACUGAAAAGCCCACCCUCAAUCUCAUCGAUUACCUAGCCUCCAACGUGGAGUUGCCUUAUGCCGCUCACGGCUACGCCGCUUAUUACACAAUGUCGCUACUGGACCGACACUGGAAGGAGGGUAUGACCCAGGAGGAGGGAGUGGUCCUCAUGAGAAUGUGCAUCAAGGAGCUGCAGACCCGUCUGCCCGUGGAUUUCAAGGGCGUCUACGUCAAGGUCGUGGACAAGGAUGGCAUUCGAGACGUCUCUGCUCUGGUCUACCCCGACGAGUACCCAGAAGCUGAGGUGACUGAGGAGCUGGAGGUCCAGCAGGGAGAGAUCGCUGCUUAA